AUGGACCCCAAGGACCGCAAGAAGAUCCAGUUCUCGGUGCCGGCGCCCCCCAGCCAGCUGGACCCCCGCGCCGUGGAGAUGAUCCGACGGCGGAGGCCCACGCCGGCCAUGCUCUUCCAGCUCUCGGAGCACUCGUCCCCAGAGGAGGAGACGCUGCCCUACCAGCGAGGCUCCGGCGAGGGCUGCCUGCUCAAACCAAAGAGGACCAACCCGUGUGCCUACACGCCCCCCUCGCUCAAAGCCGUGCAGCGCAUCGUGCAGUCCCACCUGGAGAGCGGCCUGGCCGGCGGGGACAGCUCCGACGGAGAGGCCGAUGACGGAGAGCACGAGGUGGCCCAUGCCGGCGAGCCCGGCGGCCUGGAGCCUGCCGCGGGCAGCCAGGCCCGGCCCGAGCCGCGGCUCUUCCCCGCCGGCCCCAAGGGCCACAAGCGCAGAGGGGGGCAGAAAGUUUCCUUCGCCGGCGGCUUCGACGAGCGCGACGAGGACCUGAAGUCGCUCGCGGUGACCGAGAUCCCCGAGGACCCCGAAGGCGGCGGCAGCGACGACGAGGAGCGGGAGACGGGGGAGCCCAGUAGGGCCGGGGCUGGCGAGAUGGCUUGGAAACGGGUUUCCAAACGCGUCGGCUUCGCGUUUCCCUUCCCUGCACCCGCGGGGCGCUCCGGCAAGCCGCGAGUCGCUGUCAGCCGUUCCGACCGGCUGCCCUCAACGGGAGAGGAGGAGAAGGGGCCGCGCGGGCGCUUCCCGCUGGCACUCGUGUGCCUGGGGCUCCGGCCCCGCGGCUCCUGA